CGCCUCGACCUUCCGAACUGCUGGGAUUACGGGGGUGAGCCACAGCACCUAGCCAACUAUAGUGCAUUCUUUAUACAAACGAGGGGGAAAUAAGCAUAUGGAAAGUGCCUAGCGCAGUGUCAAGCACAUAGUAGGUGCUCGGAGCCUGUCAGCUAGCGCUAAACGUCUGCAAAGCCUGUAUUUAAAGAGAAGCCUAAAAGCCGCGGACAUCGCCACGCCCACUGCCCUCGGUGUCUCCUGAGCCGCGUCUGCCGGCCUGCUCUCUCUGUGCGCCUGCGCAAGCGGCGUGCGUAUUCGCUUCCCGUUUAGUUUGGUCCUGACCGUGCGCCGUCCAAGGCUCCAUUGGUUGUCAUAGAGACAGGCGAGCGCUGGGCCUGUAGACGCCGAGGACCGAGCAGCUGCGACCCGUGGCUCCUGGGGACCUGAGCGUCAUGUCUUUCCGCGACCUCCGCAAUUUCACAGAGAUGAUGAGAGCGCUGGGAUACCCUCGACAUAUCUCUAUGGAAAAUUUCCGAACACCCAAUUUUGGACUUGUAUCUGAAGUGCUUCUCUGGCUUGUGAAAAGAUAUGAGCCCCAGACUGACAUCCCGCCUGAUGUGGACACUGAACAGGACCGAGUUUUCUUCAUUAAAGCAAUUGCCCAGUUCAUGGCCACCAAGGCACAUAUAAAACUCAACACUAAGAAGCUUUAUCAAGCUGAUGGGUAUGCAGUGAAAGAACUGUUGAAGAUCACAUCCGUCCUUUAUAAUGCUAUGAAGUCCAAGGGGAUGGAGGGCUCUCAGAUAGUAGAGGAAGAUAUUAGCAAAUUCAAGUUUGAUCUCGGCUCAAAGAUUGCAGAUUUGAAGGCAGCCAGGCAGCUUGCUUCUGAAAUCACCUCCAAAGGAGCAUCCCUGUAUGACUUGCUCGGCAUGGAAGUAGAGUUGAGGGAAAUGAGAACAGAAGCCAUUGCCAGACCUUUGGAAAUAAAUGAGACUGAAAAAGUGAUGAAAAUUGCAAUAAAAGAGAUUUUGACACAGGUUCAGAAGACUAAAGACCUGCUCAAUAAUGUGGCCUCUGAUGAAGCUAAUUUAGAAGCCAAAAUUGAAAAGAGAAAAUUAGAACUGGAAAGGAAUCGGAAGCGACUAGAGACUCUGCAGAGUGUCAGGCCAUGCUUCAUGGAUGAGUAUGAGAAGGUUGAGGAAGAAUUACAAAAGCAGUAUGACAUUUAUCUGGAGAAAUUUCAAAAUCUGACUUACCUGGAACAACAGCUUGAAGACCACCAUAGAAUGGAGCAAGAAAGAUUUGAGGAGGCUAAAAACACCCUCUGCCUGAUACAGAACAAGCUCAAGGAGGAAGAGAAGCGCCUGCUCAAGAGUGGAAGUAAUGAUGACUCGGACGUAGACAUCCAGGAGGACGAUGAAUCUGACAGUGAGUUGGAAGAGAGGCGGCUGUCGAAGCCGCGGACAGCCAUGGAGGUGCUCAUGCAAGGAAGACCCAGCAAACGCAUCGUGGGCACGAUGCAAGGUGGAGACUCCGAUGACAAUGUAAGGAUUCUGAGGACGCCCCUGAGCCUCAGAGCUGUGGCCUUGUCUCAGGAUUUUGGAUCUGCUCAUAGAACAAGAUCAGCCACCCCAGGACCCAUAAACCAGGCCUCUAGACGUGUCCAGCCUGGCAAGGCCAACCUGGAGAGGAGGGCAAACGAUAGCAACUCCCAGGGAAAGGCAUGAAGUGGGGCUGGGAAG